AUGGAAGUCACCAAGAAGGUGGGGGACUCUGAUCCACCGGGCCCCCAAGGCCACCCCUCGGCCAGCAGCCAGCAGCCGGGGGGUGGCCUCAGAGGGUCCCAGGGACCAUGGGUAAACUCGGGAUCUGUAUACUUCGCGCAGGGGUUGUCAUUGUCCACUGAGGCCAUCACUGAUAGGACCUGUGGCCCUGCCUCCCAGGCCCAUGCCCCUGAGCCCGUUCACCAGCUACACCAGGAUCCUGCUGAGGUUGGCUCCCAGUGUGUCUGCGAGCAGGCCUCCCAAGAUGCCCCGAGACUCCCCUCUACUAGCCCGUUUCCGAGCUCCAUCGUGGGAACCCCAGCGCAUCCCAGCAUGGAGAACAGGACCCUGGCCCUACCUGUGUGCACACACAGUGACAGCAUCAGUGAUUCGAUCCAGCAUGGAUUCUGCCGCUCCCGGGCUCAGGUGCAGGUUGCAGGGCAGGGCAAGGUUCCAGCUAAAGUCCUGGUGGGCUGGGGCAAAGGCCCCUGCAGCCCUGACCAGGUAGCCCCCUUGGGCAGCAGGAAGAGCCGGUGGCUACCCUAUUUCCUUUCGGGGGACGAGGGCUCAGCCGCAGCCCAAGGUCCUCUCCCGGCUCCAGCCCAAGGUCAGGACCAGGGCAAGUGCCCAUGUGCGGCCCAGGCUCCUCCAACUCCAACUCAGGCAGAUGCCCCAGCUGUGGCUCCAACUCCAAAGCCGGCAGCAGUUGAAACUGACACCUACAACUCUGAUCACUCGACAGACACCGCUACCAUGACCAGUGGCCUGUCCCAAGACCCCCUGCUCAGGAAGAGUAGCAACCAACGGCCAGUCCUCUUGGAGUCUUCCAAAGUGGUCUCAUCCUGCCAGGACAAAGUGGAUUUUGGUUUUCAGAAGGAGCCUCCCACCCCAGCGCCUUCUCCAAAUGAGUCCUCAGACCAUGUCCAGGAGCUCGAGGUUGCCAAAAUGCAGGUGUUAUCCAACCUGCCCCAGAACCCAGCGGAGAAGCCGCCGGUCUGUACCUCUGGGCCAGGCAGCCCAACACCAGGCUCAGGGCCUCUGGGUAGCCCCAAGUCCCAGAGGAAUAACCAGGGGAGUUGCAGCUCUCGGCCAGACCAGCAGCCUCUCAACGUUUGCAACAAUACCUGCUCCAGUGGGCCACGGUCUGCCUACCAAGUGUCUUGCCACAAGCAGUCACCAGUCCAGUCUCCCAGGGAAGCCAUCCAGAUCCCCCCCUCCACUGCCCCUACCUGCCAGCUCCGGGAUGCUAUGGAAGACCGUGUGCUGGUGUUCGAUAUGGCCACGGGGAACACCAGGAUGGGGCUGCUGUGCCAUGACCCCAUGGGUCCACGGGCAGUGCUGCUGGGUGUCAUGCCCAGCCACCCAUCCAUCUAUGUCCCCGAAAAUGUGUUGUCCGCUCCACCGUUAGCCAUGCCCAUCCUUUCCCCUGACAACAAUCGCUCCAACUUCUGGUCCACCUCGCCCAUGCUGUCCAGCCCUGUGCCCUCCAGCCUCUCAUCUGGAAGCUACCGAGAGGUGGCCCUGGUUCCCAAGGAGGGCAGGCUCAACUUGGAGUCACAGAACUCCCCUGGUGCCGAGACCCCCAUCAGAGUGUUCACUAGGCCCGUUCCACUGGGGAUGCCCCUCCAAUUUGGUGAGAGGAGAUUGAGCCAUGGCCAUGGUCCGGGCUGCUCCAAAUCUGAUGCUGAAAAAAAUGAACUUAGCCGUACCAUCUGGAUGCUGGACACUUCCAGGAUGCAAGAUGCCUCCACAGUCCAGCCCAAGAAACUGCAGUGGGUGAACUCAGAGCAGACCCCAGAGCCUGUCCCACAAGCCCCAACCCAGGAGGGGCCCAAAUCCCUGCUUCAGGAGGAUAUAGGCAACCACAACCAGAAAGAGGUCCUUACUGCUCACCCUGACAGCCUUUGGGCUGAGGGUGCUGGGCAGGUCUCCCUCGGUGGUCGGCCACCUCUAGCCAAGCAGCAUCCCCUUUCUGGACAGCCCCCUCCAACUGGUCAGCCUCCCUCUGCUGAGCAGUGCCCCCUCACCAGGCCGACCCAUCUUUCUGGACAGCCACUCCUAGCUGAGCCGCCCCCCUCCACCAGGCAGCUCCCCCUUCCUGGUCAGCUCCUUCUCACUGGAACCCCUCUUGCCAGGCAGCUUUCUCUCACUGGGCAGCCUCCCUUUUCUCAAGAACCCCCCAUUUCCAAAGAGCCCAUCGUCUCAGGAGGGCCCCCCAUCACCAGGGAACCUGGCCAGGCCUCCACCUUGUGCCAGGAAGGGGAGCACUUGAGCUUGCCGGCCCAUGUGGGGGUACUUCAGGUGCCCCUGGCCCCUGAGGAUGUGUGUGUCUACAUGAACAGAGAAAAGGUCGACAUCGGUGCCCCUGAUCCGAUGUCCACACAUCGGCUCUCCUCCUGGCAACCUGGCGGCUCCCCGGGCACCCAGGAGGAGCAGUUUUCCCUGGUCACCUUCUCCACACCUGGCCCCGGCUGCAAGGUCUUGCCCGUGGCCAUGGUGGGCACGGAGCCCCAGGGUCCCUGGUUCAAGCUGACACCCGAGGACAUGGCGCACUCAUCGGUGGUUGCACACCUCGGCCUGCCCCGCGGGGCCUGCUACGAGCUGGUGCCCAGCACAGAUGCUCUGCCGGCGCAGUCCCUCAUGCUCUGCCGCCCCUCGCGGGGCCCCUACCGGGACAUGGCAGCGGUGGUGAUCGACACGGGCACAGGUUUCACCAAAUGUGGCCUGGCCGGGGAGGACCAUGUCCUCAGCGUGGUGCCCUCCCGUGUGCAGCUGCUACAGCGCCCGGCCCAGGCCGAGCCCCGGGAUGCGGUGCCUGAGAACCAGGAGGCCUCCUAUUCGGUGCUGAACCGCGGAGUGGUCUCCGACUGGGACGCCCUGGAGGGGCUGUGGCAGCACCUGUUUUACUGCAGGCUGGGCGUGCGGCCGGAGGAGCUGGCUGUGCUGGUGGCCGACUCGCCCAUCUCACCGCGCACCAACCGGGAGAAGGUGGCCGAGAUACUCUUCGAGCGUUUCCACGUGCCUGCCAUGCAGACGGCGCAUCAGGCCCUGCUGGCGCUCUACGCUUACGGGCGCACCACUGGGCUGGUGCUGGGCAGUGGCCACGGCACCUCCUACGUGGCACCUAUCCUCACUGGGAAUCUGGCCCCGUUGGACACCUACCGUCUGGAUGUGGCUGGUGCCGACCUCACUGAGUACCUGGCUCAGCUGUUGCUGGCAGGGGGCCACUCGCCGCCCAAGGUAGGGCUGGUCAACCAGAUCAAGGAGGCCUGCUGCUACGUGGCCAUGAACAUGACGGCUGAGAUGGCCCGCACCCAGCCCCAGGCCCGGGUGGACUUCGUGCUUCCAGACAAGCAGGUCAUCACACUGGGCUCUGAGCGUUUCUGCUGCCCUGAGGCCCUCUUCCAGCCCAGUCUGCUAGGCCUCAACCAGCCUGGCCUCCCGCAACUGGCCCUCUUGAGCAUCAGCCGGCUGGAGGCCAAGCAGCAGGAGGAGCUGCUGGCCAAUGUGGUGCUGGACGGCGGCGGCACCCUGAUGAAUGGCUUUCCCGAGCGCCUGAGGCAGGAGCUGGGCCCCCGAGCCACUGUGCUGGGCUCGCCCCACCGUGCUGUCGCUGCUUGGCUUGGAGGCUCCAUCAUGGCGUCCCGGGACUCCUUCCAGAGUCUGUGGCUCAGCCGCCAUGAGUACGAGGAGGAAGGCCCUUGGGCCAUCUACAAGUACCAUCUGUGA